AUUUCGACAGCCACCAUCACGAACCGGACCCAUUUUUGUCUACACUAUGUAUCCCAUCAUUUUGGGCAUCCACACUCAGGCUUUGAGAAUGAGACGGACGAGCCAGGCCACAACUGAACCAUACGAAACCCGAAGCGCGGGUUGGGUAUCUUGUACCACCUCAAGAUACUUGAAUGCCGGGGCUGAACAACCUGAAGCGUUCCCCGCAUUGCAUGGCACCUGUCACAUAUAUUGAUGAUUGAACGUUUACAAGUUAUCCAGCAUCCCAUGUUCGAGAUCAAUGCUUUUUGUACGGACAACUGAGAAUCUUGUAAGUUGAUAGUAUUGGUCGGCCCGGCCCGAGAACUUUUUGCACAUGAUGUGCCUGUUAUGUAUCGUGCCUAUCAGUUUGGCAUCGGGAUGUCAAACUCAGGAACAGGAACUUGAACAGCUGCGGUUGACGAACCUAUGUAUGUCACUAUGUCAACGAUCGAGCAAAUCGCACUGCGCGGUUACCUGCGCAAACGCUGGUUCGAAUACACUUUGUGGAUAUUUACCUCGUUAUGAUGCAGAGCCGGAGUUCAUCUUCCGAGGGCGAUGAAGACCUUAUUGGAGAUUCAGGGGAUCUGGUCUAUACAGCACCGAUCACACUCUCCAGAUCUCGACUCCAUCAAACACCCUUGGCACAAGAUGAGAAGGGAGUUUCCAGGGCUUCAUUUCUUGAUGGGCAAUAAGGAAAAUAUCCGCCGUAGUUUUGAGACUCCCGUUGAUAUUGGCACGGAUUCCCCAGGACUGCAUUGAUGGUUUCACCCACUUAAUGCCUCGCCAGGCUCGAAGCCGUUGGAAGGUCAGAUUGGGUGCAUCAACUAGUACUAAUAUCAGCUAUUACCAGCCCUUUCCAAUUCAAACAAUAAGAAGGCCAAAAUUAAUUUGGGCGGCCUGAAAGGUGGUGAGAACCGUAAUGCAUUGUGCAUUGGGUGGGCGAGACAGGGUUCAUGAAUGGCAGUUCUUCAAUAUAAAAAAAAAA